GUCUUCGCCGCCCACUCAGCCAGCGAAUGAACUGGAAGCGUUGUUCCGAGUGUACGACGAAGUCAUGAAAGAAGUUGAUGUCUUCGAGGCCCAAGACGUCGACAAAGUGUUAUCUAUGUAUAUGGUAGGAGUCCACAGGGACUUCGGAGGUCGUGGUCUUGGCAGGAAACUGGUGGAGCGGUGCAUGGAGAAGGGGGUAGAAAAGGGAUGCCAGCUAGCGGUGACGUGUAUCACUAACAAAUACUCGGGAAGGAUUUUCGAGAAGCUAGGUUACGAGGUGCGUCACUGCCUUGACCUGACCUCCCUCGGGCCGGACUGGGGCGUCGACACCUCGGUCAUGGGCGAGAAUACCACCGUCAGGGUCAUGAUCAAGAGGCUGCCAUGAAGGAGGAGUCUUUUUGUGUCUGUCUCUUUCUCUCCUUCAAUGUCUGUCUGUCACUUUCUCUCAUUCGCUCCCUUUCUUUCUUUCUCUUUCUCUCUGUA